ACCAUGGCACGCCUGCUGCGUGUAACGUUGUGCCUGACUUCGCUGCUGGCGUCAUCCAUAGCAGGCGAGGACGGCCGCUGGGUGUGGGGUAGCAGCGGCCGCAGCUUCGUCUCCGAUCGAGACCCCUACUACAACAGGGACCGCUACCCGCCCGUCACCGGCAGCUACAGGCCCCCGCCGCCCAUCUACGAGCCGGAGCCGGGGCCAGACCCUUCGCGGCCGCCGCCCCCGCCGCCGCCUCCACCACCCCCGUACGGUAGGCCCGACUUCCGGCCACGGCCCCCUGGUGGCCCGCCCCCACCGCCCCCGGGUACGCCCGUGCUGACGGGCCCCGUGCCAUCCUGGGAACAGCGGCCCACGCCCCCUGGUGGCUUCAAGUCGUACGACCGCUGCAAGUGCGCCCACUCCUUCAACUGCAACUCGCCUGGCAUUGUCUUCGGCAGCUGCGACGCUGGCAAGCAGUACUGCUGCUAUGACCUGAAGCCCCAGGGCGAGGGCUUUGGCAUCGACCGACCCUACGGCGGUGGCGGUGAAGGCCCCGUCACGUUCGGGGGUCGACCUGACGGUCGUCGAGACAUUCCAGAAGUGCUGGUGGGUCCCGGCGGGCCCACAGGGAUCAUCGGCGGCCGACCGAGGCCGGAGUAUUACGACGACGACGACUAUGACGGGUUCGGCAGGUCCGCCAAGAAGGACAAGAAGCUCUGAAGCACCCACUUGCUGAGAGCGACCAGCGACUCGUCCACAGCGUGUGCCGCCCCUAGCAGUCUCAUCCGUCUCCCAGGCUGCCAGAACACCUGUCACUUGAAUGAAAUCACCAAUGCAUCUUAGUCAAAUGUACAUUUCAUGCUCCAAAGUUCGUGUAAGGUAAACACAGCUUCGUGAUUCACGCUUGAGAAAGUCCAGUGGUGGGACAGGCUGCCAUCCACUUGGCGGUCCUUCUCUGACCCACAGUUCUAACAGUGUUGCCAGUUUUACCGAGAAACUCACGAUCUUGAGAAUGCGCUAGCGAGUGCCUGCCGUAUCGCAGUGCUGCUUUCCUCCACCCGUAAACAUUGUUCACGAAGUUAUUUUAAUCAACUUAAUACCUCCCUUGUAUGUAAUUCAUCCGUGGUUCUAAUAAUCAAGACAUCACCCUGGCAGUGAAGGAAAUAUGUUACAUAUCCAUCUGAUAAUAGGGGACAUUUUAGUGACAACAGCUUUUUAGUAACAGUUGUCUGACUGUUCAGUGAUUGUCAUCACAGCAGGUUAUGGUACAACAGUUUCCACCUCUUUUUCUUUUUAUUGUUGCGUGUGUGUAUGUGUGCAACUUUCAAAUGUAUUAGGACGAAUAAGAAUCAGGCUGAAAACUCAGUCUCCAUCCACAAAGUAUUUUGAUUCGAGACAUCAAUGGAUCUUGAUAAGAUCCAAAUCAGUCCAUUUCAAGCCAUUUCAUUGUGCUUCCAAUGUGUAAUCAGAAGAGCUGCUCUAAUGUACUUUGCACCCUCUUCAUCUCGCGUACAUAACGAACAAAGAACACAGAAUUUCUUCUUCAAGUCACGUCAAGAGAUUUCAUUCAGUGUAAGGGACUCACAAGGGUCCAAUAGGCGAAAGCUACCUUAAAUGUAAACUGUACAUUGUGUAUAUUAGUAUUAAAGGUAUCUUUCUUCUUGUAAGUCAA